UCGUCAAAAUUGUAUAAAAGCAUUUGGAAACGCACUGAAAUACAACAGUCACAUUAAUCCCUCCGUUGCAAUAACAACACACCUUCCAGUAGUUUAAAAUAGUUUCCACUUUUCAAAACCCCACACACAACCAAAAAUGUUCAAAAUCGUGCUUGUACUCUCCGUCAUCGCCUUCGCUUGCGCCGAGCCUGGUGUUGUGGUUGCUCCUGCCGUACCCGUUGCGCCGAUCGUGCAUCACGGCGCACACGCUGUGCACUCUCACGUAAUUCAUCAUCCCGUGCCAGUGAAGACUGUCGUGACACCAGUCAUUGCCAAGCCAGUGGUGCCACUUGUGCCGGUCGUAAAGCCAGUUGUGCCUGUAGUUCCAGUCCAUCAUGCCCAUCCGGCCGUUGUUGUGCAUCACUGAGCGCCGGCAGCAUGGCAGCUGCAGGCGCCCCAACACCAACGCCAACUCUCUCCGCAGCACCCGCAAUCAACCAGGAACGUUGAUGAGGAUCAACGAAAGAACGACUCGAAGUUAAUCGAAUGCAACAAUGGCUUAGUGCGUUAAUAUAUGUAGAUUACAAGCUCCCUACUCCUAUCCCACUUCCCCUUCAUUCUUACUUUAAUUCUGUACUAUGAAAUCCCUGAAAUUAGUUA